UCGGCGGCUGGUCUCCCAGAAAGUCAGUUCUUCCCUAUAUUCUCAUAUACUGACUAUCCUUUUCAACGCGUUGAACUCUCUCGUUCGAUCUUCCAUUAGUAUCUACAUUUCCUUUACUGUCAAGAGAUCUGCCGGCCAGACUACUCAGCUAUCUAAUCACUACUGUUAAUAAUUGCUGCUGUCUGUCCCUGUCGACAUGAAGUACCUGUUAUCGCUCGCCUGCCUGGCAACCUCCAUAUUGGCGGCGCCAGCACCUCCGCAAGGCACGUUUGAAUGGACUCCCACGUUGGCGGGAUACAUGGAUGUCGUCUUCCAGUAUAUUCAGCAAGCCAAAGCCGGGGGGGCGUCACCCACAUGCGAUCUCUCAAAGGCUGCCAUGCCUGUUGCGCCCACACCACUACCGGCACCGUCUGGCCUGACACUUGAGCAUGUGGCCUUAGGGAGAGGGGUGCAGAACUAUACCUGUCCCAACGCCACAGCGACGCCAGCCGCGGUCGGGGCAGUUGCACGUUUCUACAACGUAUCGUGUGUAGCAUCUGACUGGGCCGAUCUUCUUCCGAUCAUGCCCAACCUAGCUCUGCAAUAUCCCCUGCCGUCUGAUCCCAAUGCUCCACUGGAACCAUCAAACCUCGCUCUGUCGACUCACCACUUCUUCUCAAACACUACCACACCAGUCUUCGCGUUCGACGCUCCUACAUCUCCCGAUCUCGGGACUAUUUUCGCCCAGAAGACCAGCUCUUCGGAUGCUCCAGCGAAUGCGGUCGUUGGAGCCAACGGCCAAGGACAUGGUGCAGUGGGCUGGCUGUACCUGACCUCUCGAGCAGAUACAGUCGGCGACAUCAAGGCUGUUUACCGAUUGGACACUGCUGGAGGAAACCCGCCAGCAACAUGUCAGGGCCAGCCUUCGGCGUUCAGUGUUGAUUAUGCGGCAGUUUAUUGGUUCUACAAAUGAGUUGCGGCUUACAAGUCGCAGUGAACAGGCGUUUGGGCGGGGGCUUUUGCUGGGAGAUUUUCUCAAAAUUCACUCUAGAUUCUUGAUGGGCCAAUAUACGUACUUCGAGUAAUGUAAGGCUAUGGUAGUACAUAGGCGCAUAGUGUAGCUCCGUAUGUUUUCAACAAUGACAUAUUUCAA